AUGACUACGUUUCCUGGAGAUGACACAAACAUUCCUAAGCGUUUGAGUGAGUGCUUAGAGUUUCAACCGCUGAACUACUUGAUUCCCAAAGGUGGGCUUUGUGACCUCAUGAGAUCGUCGCUACGCGUCAAACCUCAUUACGACAAUAUCGCGUUUGGCGAAGGGUGUACCACUGAGAUUUCCCAAAAAAACGAAUUGAGACCUGGUGUUCCGUUCGAAUUGAAAAACGGUCUCAAUCUGCAUUUCAGGGAGAUUGGUAUUACAGACGGUAGCGCGGAAAGUGUGUCGAAAGACCUUUUCGAGGGUUUAUCCGAAAAGGCGCGACUUUUUUUGAAUACAGCGUGUCUCGAGGCAUGCGGCAAAAGGCCACAUUCCAGUGAUGAAGAAGAAUCCUCAAACCAACUGGGAGAGCACAAGGGUGUUGUAGACGCUGAUUUUUCCAAUGUGGAACUCAGGACCUCAGCCAAGAAAAGUAGAAUCUCGCCUGAACCUGUCGUAGUUGAUCAACAUGUAUUGUACGAGCAGUACGUUAAGGAGCUCAACGACAUUAUUGCGGCUUUGGAUAAGGCCAACAAUCUUGAUACUACUGAUGACUAUGUGUGUUGGGCGCAAUUGGAUCAAGGCCGAACGCUCUCUGACGCAUGCCUUGAGAGAAUCGAGAUCAUCAUGAAAAAUAUUUCGAAAACAGACAGCUUCAACCAAAAUUUUGACUCUCGAACCCUGAGUACACUUUUGAGAGCAUGUUCCGAAAGUCUUGAAACCAUUUUGAAGGCUGAGGAUUUCGCCUCCCUCACAACAGUUGCCUUCAGAAGUCUAUCCAUCAUUUUGACCAUUUUUCUACUAGACCUGGAUGACAAGCGUCUAUACCUUGAACGGUACCUUGUGUCAACCAUUUCUUUCCUGCAAAGGGUAAACGAAGAGUUAAGUGAGGGCUCCACGAGCACUGUUGCGACAGCUGAUAACUGCUUGCAGCUGAAAUCCUCACUUUGCCUGCUUUCACUUUACGUAGAAAAGAAAUCGCUUCAAGAAGAAGAGUUGAUUACCAAGUUGGUUUAUCUUCUCUGUGACUUGCUCACUUUCAGUCCUGUUCAGGUUCAAGGAAUGGCUAAAUUGUCGACAUGGCUAGAGAGCUUGAAGAGGGAAAGCUCAGCGGGACUCAUAUCACUGUUCAGAAAACUGCCCACCCAGCGGCACUUCAUAGUAGACGAGAUGCUAUUCAGACUCGACACCCUCCCGACCAACAGAAUUCACAAAAAGCUUCAGAAGAUUGAUACUUCUGUCUACGCUACCCAUUUGUUCGCAACCUUAACGAGCAUGCUUCAAUGUAUCAAUUCUAUCAGUAUUCGGCCUAAACAGAGUAACAUAACAGAGGAUAUGAUUGCCGAGUUCCAGAAAAACUACAAAGAUCAGCAGUUGCAACUGGCGUCACUCAUUGAUCAUAUCAACCGUUCUGUAAUCAACAGAACCUUCGUGACAAACAGUACUAAAAAGUUUAUCUUGGAUAACUACGUACAAGAUCUGGUCUCAAUGGUUCUUUAUCCUCGUUGGAGCGUGGCCGAAAAUAUACUGGCCUCUUUAUUGAGAAUGAUGCUCCUGGUAUUCAGUCCUUCCAAUCAAAACUCUUCGAUCAAAGGAGCAACAAUCCUUCAAGUAGUUACCGGAAUCGGUAGCGCUCUGCAGGAGAUAAGACUUAAAGGUAGAUCUACUGGCAAGCUCUCGUUGGCAGAAAUACACGAACGCCCAAAGCUAUUGGAUACCGUUCUUUUGCAUUUCGAAAUUUGCAUGUCAUCGUUCCCAUCCGAUAGUAGAGAGGCAGGUACUCUUUGGGACAGGAAGAUGAAUUUCCUACUUGCGCUAUCUGAGGUAGAAGAAGAAGGGUCUAUAUUGGCAAAUAUGACGAAUGAAGCCACUGUCGCUGCUCUUCGUGACAAUACAAACAGUGACCGAAAUGGUCAGCCACCAAUUAAUGUCGAAGACUUGGACGUCCAUUAUUUUGCAAUUCUUCAGGCGUCGGAACUGGUUAAUUUGUUCGAUCCUUACAUCAAGCUCGUUUUAUCCCUCUUGGACAAACAAAAGACGAAGGUCAUGUCAGCGGCAAUCAAAUGCCUUAGCCCGCUAAUAGCGAGAGAUCCAGAAUUACUUGCAGUCCCCUCUGUGAGAAGCGUCCUCGAGCAAAAAUUGAAAGAUUCGUCGGCCUCAGUAAAAAGCGCGAUUUUGGACCUCAUUGGUUCAAUUCAUUUUUCCAAGUACUAUCGUUUGAUAAAUGUCAACUUCAAUGACGAGAGCACACUUAUUCGGAAGCAAGUUUUGAAUCUCAAUUUGAAGAUAUAUGACAGCUCGAAUGAUGUUGACGUCAAAGCGUUUGUAGCCAACAGAAUUUUGAGAAGAGCAGAAGAUGAGGAGGAGGCUAUAGUUGAGAAAGCUAGAAUAUCCCUACUGGAACGCUGGUUUUUGCCUCAAGAACAGCAGUCACCAGGUACCAAAAAUGACAUCGGAUUCUUGGAUGAAGUAGUGCAGAUAAUCUCGGCUCUCGUUGGCGCAGACGAGGGCUCCCAGUCGUUUGAUAUUUUCUUGAAUGACUACGUUCUUAACAAAGACCUUCACGAAACGCAGCGUUUUGAAACAAUUCUAAAAAACACACGGCUCAUUACAUGCCGACUUGUUGACAGCGCCAUAGAGUGUCACUACGGCAACGAGAAAAGGUUGCAUGCGCAUGCGCUAAACAUCUUCCAUUUACUCUCAAUUGUAGCGGCUUGCGAUCGUCCUUUUAUCACCAAGGAUCACGUCACAACUCUUUACCCCUACCUGCUUUCCUCCGAAAGAUCUCAACUUCAGUUUUAUAUUCUGAAAGUUUUCAACAGCAGCUUUUCGAAGCUCUCAUAUUUCAAGUCUGGGUUUCUAAUAGAGCUAGAGUCUGUCAUUUUAGGACGCCUUCCGAAAAUGAGCGUGGCAGAAAUGGAGGAGGCGAUACCUUUAUGCUGGUCAAUUUCUUUUCAUAGAAAAGAUCAUACAAGAGUGUCUCAGGCAUGCUCAUCUUGUCUUGCUUUGUUGUCUCCAUACAUCAAUUCGUUGCGUAAGAGCCCGGCCUCAGUCAAAGCCGAUGGAAAGCUACAGCGGCUACUGUAUCUGGCGGCUGGGUUUGCGAGGUUUUGCAACUUUACAAAUACACCUGACAACUUUCCGCAUUUGAAAACCAGAGAGCCAAUUUUUGAAUAUGUCACCAAAUGCUUACUUGCAUUCAGCAUGCGCGAGGCCGCUCCUGACUUGAGAAAAAAUGCGCUUCGAAAUCUUCUGAAAGUGGGUGCGACAUAUCCCAAGCUGUUCAACUCCGCCAAAGUUCUAACUGUUAUAGAUGAGGAACUUGCUAUCAAGAAUCUUGAGACGAGCUUGAUAAUUAUUCAAUGCCUUUGCGACUUCUUCGUCAACGAGGAAAGGAAGAGCUUGAACCUUACGCGACCUGUAAGGUACUCGACUUUAAAGUACCAGAGAGGUAAAUCGUUUGAUGCUGACGCGUCUAGCGAUGCGAUUUCCGCAGCCGUGGCGACUCGGUACCUAAAGGUCGUCCUUGAGACCUCUCUUCUUGAAGAAAAGUACGAUUCCUGCGUUAGCUUGAGAUAUAUCGAGCUUGUCAUCGAAUUUGGGUAUUCUAAUCCGGCAAAGUGUAUGCCCGCUGUCAUGGCACUGUCAGGAUCGCCUCACGAGAAUACCAGAAAGCUAGCUUUGACUAUAAUGGACAGCGCAUUCGCGAAAAAUACCAGUAUGCUGUUCAGUAAUCUGAGUAGUGGAAUCAAAUGUGCUGUCGAUCACGGAAAAUGGCUUCAAGACAAAAGGCUAUCGGCUGAGCCUUUGUUCUUGUCUACAACCCAGAAAGCUCUACUCAACGUGGGCAUGAAACACACUAAGCUUUUUAAUGCUUUGAAAAAGGUUCUGACGUCCUACCUGAUGAGAUCUAAGGGCGUGUUCUCGAAGGAUCACGUAAUAAUCUUUUGCUCUAACUUGGCGGUCGUCACAUUUGAAAGCUUGCUUGACGUGUCUAAUUUGAUAAGGUUUCUAGAUGUGAAAGCCGAAGAGGUUUCGGGACUUGUUGAACGACAUAGAGGCAAAGAAGGUCCCACAUUCAAAUCUUAUGUCUCUGACCUGGUAGUGGCUCGUGAAUGUCUUUUGGAUCUUCGAAGAUAUUUCUGUCGAAAAUUCGGCAUCACCGAUGAAAACGUUUCAGUAGUGGGCACAUAUGAGGAGGAAGAAUUAAAAGCCAAAGCUGCGGAGCCAAAAAAUUCCGAUAUUGAAUUUGUGUUUCCGCCUUUGGGUUUCGACGAGAAAAAGGUACGUAACCAGACUUCUUCAUACGAUAGUUAA